CUCCCCCUCCAUCUCUUUCUUUAAUCCGUCGUCGACCAACAGUGGGAGAGAGAAGGAAGAGAGGACGCGAUGGUGCACGCGGAAACGGAAAGGAGGGCGAGGGUGUCGCCGAGGAACGACGACGACGCCGCCGCGGAGACGGAGCUUACCCUCGGCCUUCCUGGUGGAAAGGCGGCUGCGAAGCGCGGUUUCUCUGAGACCGUUGAUCUCAAGCAGCGGUCCCGAGGCAGCGCCGACGCCGGGAAGAAGGUUGUCGACGCCGGGAAGCCCGCGGCGCCCAAGGCUCAGGUGGUAGGAUGGCCUCCUGUGAGAUCAUACAGGAUGAAUGCAUUGAAGAGCUGCACGUAUGUGAAGGUCGCCGUAGACGGUGCACCGUAUCUACGGAAAGUAGACUUGGAGAUGUAUGAUAGCUACCAGCAGUUGCUGGAAUCCUUGGAGAAGAUGUUCACCUGCUUCACCAUAUGCAACUAUUUAGGUGAGAGCAAGCUGAUGGAUCGCAUGAAUGGCAGUGAAUAUGUGCCUACCUACGAAGACAAAGAUGGUGAUUGGAUGCUUGUCGGUGAUGUUCCUUGGAAGAUGUUUGUGGAAUCGUGCAAGCGUAUGCGUCUUAUGAAGGGCUCGGAAGCCACUGGACUUGCUCCAAGUACCCCGGAGAAAUGCACCAGCUCGAACUGAUGGCUUGCUUGAGUCGGAACCCUUGUACAGAGAGUAUUGCUUGGUGUGCUAGGUAAUAGUACUUUUGGAGAGAGAAAAGAAAGAGAGAGAGAGGUCGAGAGAGAGAAUAAGGACAAGAAUUAUUGUAUUUAUAGUUUACAUUUACAUGAAGUUGGUUUUGGUUUGCUUA